UGUGAGGCCCACUCUUCUUAAGCGGGUGAAAACUAUUAGUCCGGCGCUCAGCACGUACGGACGAUUACAGCGGCACCGAGGAGAACAACCCAAUGCAUUGUGCAGCAAACUGAAUAUAUCGGCGGAUAGAAGAAGUUGCGAAGGGUGUUACUUGGCCCGUUGUCUUGGAGGGAGAGGUUGUUUCCAUGGAGACCACUGCCCUCGUUCCUGAUGGAAAGGUCCUGCCAGAGGGUGGAGAUGCUUUGAUACAAGGAGCGGUUCUAGCUGCACAAGCGGCUGAAAACAUGGCGAUGAUUGUGAUGGACGCUCUUGAUCCAACUCUGCUGCAAAUGAAGACGGAGGUGCUGGAGGGCGGAGGUACAGUGAUGGUUACUGGUGGUGAUGAGGGACAGAUCAUCACGCUCCAGGUGGUGAAUAUGGAGGAGCAGGCAGGGGGUGCAUUGAGUCUUGGUCAGCUUCAGCUGGUGCAGGUACCUGUCACAGCAGUGAAUGUUGAGGGUCUCCAGGCCACCUAUGUUAAUGUAUUAGGAGGUAACAAGGACGCAGAGCCUGUUAUCUGUCACACUCUUCCCUUGCCUGAGGGCUUCCAGGUGGUAAAAGUGGGUGCCAAUGGGGAGGUGGAGACUGUAGAGCAAGGGGAGCUGCACUCUGUCCAUGAGGCGCUUCAAGAGGUGAGAGAGGAGGUGGAAGCGCCAGCAGAAAUGCAAAUCGCUGUGCCACUAGAAGACCCAGAAUGGACCAAGGACCCGGACUACCAGCCCAUCUCCGGUCUACGAAAUAAAGGGAAGAAACCAAAGAAGAGCCGCCUGCGCUAUGGAGAGGGCAAUCGUGACAUGGAUGUUUCUGUGUACGACUUUGAAGAAGAGCAGCAAGAGGGGCUGCUGUCAGAAGUGAAUGCUGAGAAAGUUGUCGGCAACAUGAAGCCACCAAAGCCUACAAAGAUCAAGAAAAAAGGUGUAAAGAAGACUUUCCAGUGCGAGUUGUGUAGCUACACCUGUCCAAGGCGCUCCAACCUGGACAGACAUAUGAAGAGCCACACAGAUGAGAGACCACAUAAAUGUCACUUGUGUGGACGGGCAUUUCGAACUGUCACACUACUGAGAAACCACCUCAAUACACACACGGGCACCCGCCCACAUAAGUGCACAGAUUGUGACAUGGCGUUUGUCACCAGUGGUGAGUUGGUGCGUCAUCGUCGCUACAAACACACACACGAGAAGCCCUUCAAGUGCUCCAUGUGUGACUAUUGCAGCGUGGAGGUGAGUAAGUUGAAGAGGCACAUUCGCUCUCACACUGGGGAGCGACCCUUCCAGUGCAGUCUGUGCAGCUAUGCUAGCAGAGACACUUACAAGCUGAAGAGACACAUGAGGACACAUUCAGGUGAAAAGCCGUACGAGUGCUACAUCUGCCAUGCCCGUUUCACACAGAGUGGCACCAUGAAGAUGCAUAUUCUGCAGAAGCACACAGAGAACGUGGCCAAGUACCACUGCCCACACUGUGAUACGGUCAUAGCCCGCAAAAGUGACCUCGGUGUUCACUUGCGGAAGCAGCACUCCUUCCUUGAGAAGGGAAAGAAAUGUCGUUACUGUGAUGCUGUGUUUCAUGAGCGUUAUGCUCUCAUCCAACACCAGAAGACUCACAAGAAUGAGAAACGCUUCAAGUGUGAACAGUGUGACUACUGCUGCAGACAGGAACGCCACAUGGUAAUGCACAAGCGUACACACACCGGGGAGAAGCCGUUUGCCUGCAGCCGGUGUGAGAAAACAUUUCGUCAGAAGCAGCUUCUGGACAUGCACUUCAGGCGCUACCAUGAUCCCACCUUUGUGCCUACAGCCUUCGUCUGCAACAAGUGCAACAAGACGUUCACCCGCAGGAACACCAUGCUGCGUCACACUGAUAACUGCACGGGUGAAGUUGAAGAAGACGAAAAUGGAACUCCUGCGCCCAAAAAGGCUCGUCGUGGCAGGAAGAGGAAGAUGCAGGCCAGGAGGGACGAGGGGGACACAGAAGAUGAAAUGGAUGAGCCUGAGGAGGAGGAGGAAGAGGAGCUAAGCGAGCUUGAAGUGGAACAGGACCCACCAGUCGUCCCUGUCCCGACCCCUGUGGAGCCACCGGUCAAGAGGAAACGUGGACGGCCACCAAAGAACAAGCUAAGCACGGCUGCCAUCAUUCGCGUGGAGGAUGAAGUCACUGGACAGAUAGAUGACAUAAUUGUGAAGAAGGAGGUUGAUCAUGAUGAGAAUGCCAACGAUGAGACCGUGGAGCAGGUGGUGGUCGGCGGAGGGAAGUCGACCAUUCAGCUGGAGGACUUUCCCCAGGUCGCACCGAACGGAGACCUCACUCCUGAGAUGAUCCUCAGCAUGAUGGACCGGUGAUGGAUGUGGAAGUCUAACAUGUAAAUGCGUAUAAUUCCAUGAUCACAUCUUCAUUUUUCUUUCCCGUCAUGUAGGAUUACUUGCAUCCUGCACAUCACUGUUGUAAUUUAAGAUGUGCUUUAUGAGAGUUGUAUUAAUAUGGAUUUAAUUCCAACAAAUUCAUUUUAGUACAUUUGAGUUUUGGAUGGCUGUAAUUGACAGCAGUACCUUUAGCCUCCUAGCUGUUAUGUGGUAGAACACUUCUACAUUACAAGAUCUCUUCUACGUUCUAGUCUAAUAUAUAUAUAUUUUGACUUGGUAGACUGACUCUUCCUUACAUCUAUACUGGGUGCAUGUCAUUUUUAUAGAAGUUCUGGGUGAAACUUCUUUUUUAUGUUUUACUUUAUACACCUGUGUGAGUAAAUGUUGUACGUAGGUAGCAGUCACACCCAUAAUGUGGACAUUGCUUUAAUUUUGUUUGCUGUAACUACAGGCAAUAUUCUAUAUCCUCACUGAAGAGCUCUGUGCACCUCUCAGUUUGGACAUAAAACUACUCUGAAAAUAGAUGAGAUAAAAGAGAAACUGGCUUUUUGGGUUUGCUUUGGAGAAAAGUCCACUCGGGCCCAAGUUUAAAGUCCCUGACAACAUAACAAAUGUCAUACGAUUUCAGAAACAGAGGCAACUUUCAGGAAGAUGAUACUGCUGUUUAUCACAGCCACUUUCAGGAUGAGGUUUUUUUUUUUACUUUUCUGUGUUUUUUUAGUAUUUCCUCUUUAUUUUUUAAAUUAAAACCACUUCUAGUUUUUAAAAGCGUAAUAGCCUGCUUAUCUUAUUAUCCUUUCUUGCUACUGUGCCACCCUUAGAUGACUUGUAUUACUAAACAUUGUCUCUGAUCAGUGCAAGCAAUGAACAUUGUUUUGCUUCCUUUUGUAGCCAUUCCACUUGGGUUGAUGUUUUUCUUUUGUGUCAUUGGCAAUGUGACGUAGCAGCUUGAAUGAUAUUUUAAUAACUGGCAGAUGAACAGAUGUAUGUCUUUACAACCACGUUUUAAAGAAAAGUAAAUGUUGAUGCGUCUGCAGCUGUAAUAACUUCAAUAAUGGAUGUUUAAAAUCAGUCUUGUUUUGAAGAAGUUAACAUUGGUUUGAAGUACAGUUAAAGCCCCAUUAAAUUAUGGCUGGAACAUUGUUUAUCAAAAUAUGCAGUGAAACAACGGGAGUGCUAACAAAUGUCUGUAUUUUGCUUGCAGAUCUAUUUUAUUAAAUGGACUACUUGAUA